AUGGCUGAUACAACUUUUCAAAUCACUAAGGAGGAAUUCAAACUUUUUCAUAAGAUUGACAGAACACUUUAUUAUGUCUUAGUUAUUGACCUCCUACGUGAUCCUUUUGAAUCAAUGCAAACAUUGGCAUUGUGGAUUUGGUUGGAGAGAACAUGUCGUUGCAAGGAUGUUAUCAACAAGAUAUUAUCCUUACCUCAUUUUUUAAUUAAUCAACUUGCUGAUGAAGGUGCAACAUGUCUCAAAUGCAUUGAGAACAAUCGAUUUCUGUCUUCAACUUAUGCAAGUGAUAUUUUUCUAACUCAAAAUCUCACUAAAAAGGGAUUAUCUCUCCUAUUUUUCCAUCAAAAUAGGGACAGUGCAACAAGUGGGAUAAGAAAGAUUGUAAAUGAGGUUUGUUUCAAUGCAUUGUUAGAUAUUAUGGAAAAAGCUUUGAAAAUAAGUUUUGAACAAACCUUGAUGGAAAGAAAUAUGUCAAUGGUGCCGCCUCCCGGUGAUUCAUCUUUAAUUGAAAGAUUUUCUCAGUUAGGAAAUGGAUGUGACAUGUCUUAUAUAAGGAUGAAGGGACACAAUGUACCAGAUGAAGAACGGACCAUGUUUGUUACUUUCUCCAAAGGCUACCCUGUUGCUGAAUGGGAAAUCAGGGAAUUCUUUAAACCAUAUUUUGGAGACUGCAUUGACUACAUUCUAAUGCAGGAGGUGAAGUCUCAUGAACAGGCUCUUUAUGCUCGAAUCGUGUUUGUUAUGCCUGAAAUUAUUGAGUUUAUUCUCAAAGAUGAUUCCAAAGCUAAAUUUAAUAUCCAUGGGAAGCAUGUGUGGAUGCGAAAGUUUGUCCCCAAAAAAGGGAACUCAUUCAUACCAUAG